AUGCAUUCUUCUUACUUGUACUAUUACCCACCGACAAUUAAUUCUUUUGAUUCAUACGACGAAAGUAUUUUUAUGGAACAGGGGUCUCCUUUUGACGUAUCCCUUAUAAAUUCGCCUCGUUCUUUAGACAGUGAAUCCGGUAACAUGACAUCCUCUUCCGUUGAGGCAUCACCCAACAUAGCUCAAGAUCCUCCGAUGGUACUUAUCAAACCCCCUUUUCCACCAACAAUUAAUAUCGACGAUUUAGUUACUUCAAAACCGAACGGUGAUAAGCCAAGUAAAUCUUCCAAUGCAUUUAUCAUCUAUCGUAAAGCUUACGUGAAAGAGCUUCACUCAAGAGGAAUUAACUUACAAAUGACCCAGAUAUCCCCAAUGGUAUCCGAAUCAUGGAAGCAAGAACCCGAAAAUGUUAAGGCGGAAUACAAACGUCUCGCCGAAGCCGCGAAAAAACGUUAUAAGGAGAUUAAUCUAACUCCAACGCCAGUUGUAGAUAUGAGUCAAUGGGAUUUCUCGCAACCCAUCUGGCCUCUAGGUGACAAUCACCAAGCAAUUUCGCCAUUACAAACCCUUUCGCUUGAUCCAAUGUUAUUAAACACAACCGAUGGACUUUAUAAUAAUAAUAACACACAAGGAGGGCUAAAUUCUUCAUCAACUUUGAAGAGUCCAAAUGAUUUUAUCAGUUCGAGUAGCACGGACAAUUCUCCAUUGAUAAAUUAUCUCAUAAAUAAUAACGAACGACCCACAGGUAGCAUGCCUGUACCGAAUGACUCCAAGGGAGCCUUAUUGGCAUAUCAUAACCUCAUGGUUAAUUGGCAUAAAGAUCUGAAACGACAGGAAACGCAUCCAUAUAAAACAUUUGCAGACGCAAUGAGUGUGUCAUUUUUCACACUUCAUUUGGUUUAA